GUGACAAAUGAGCCUAGAUCCUCCCAGGGAAGACUUCUUUAUAUAGCGCGCCUUCGUGUUUUAGGUCCCUUUUAGGGAGCCCUGUCGACACCCGCAGAAUUACUUCGGAAAUGUGAACGAUCUGCGUUUCCGUAUAAUUUCGGAAGGUCGCUAUCAAUUGGUCUGCCGUCGACAUAUCGAUUUGGUUGCAUGAGAAUGAGUGAUUCAUUACCCACGACUAAAUAUGGCUGUGACCAUUACUAAGUUAACUCUUACUGACGACCACACUUCAAGAACUGCUGCUGAAGUGUUGUCGAGCUUGCAGCUUGACCAAGGUUCACCGGACGCUAAACAGAAAUGCGAUAUGCUAUUGAGAGACCUUGAUUUUCCAAGUGAACAUCAAAACGAAGAGGACUACAGUCAGUUUGUUUUGAAUAGCCGGUGUUUAAUACUGGGUGACUCUAGGGUUGGAAAGACGAGCUUAGUGAAGUCUCUCACUAAAAAGCCGUUUGACGUUGAAGAGCCAAGUACAUUUGGAGUCCACACAAACUCAGUAGACCGGGAGUGGCAAAGUGCGAGCCUCGCGUUCGGAAGUUUUUCUCGAUUCGGAAAAUCUGUUCGUUCCUUAACAGCUCUAAUUUCAUCUAAAGGAUACGUAGCUUUUGAAGAAGUAUACGUAACAUCGAAAGUGUCUUUUUAUGUGAUUUGGUCACUGUAUUUGUUUUUGUUAGUGCUGUUAUGGCAGUUAGAGGAUCCAGAUAUUCUUGUGAUAGUGACACACAUUGCAAUUUUUUUUGGCACUCCGCCUCCAUGCUCUCUUCAAUGCCCUUUUCAUUUUACAAUAGGUCUCAUGUUUGCUCAAUUGGUAGGCGGUGUUUUCAGAGGGAUCAACUGUGGCUUGGUAGGGUUAUCAUGUGUUGGACAUUUAACUUCGAUUUAUUACAAAUUUAUAGUGUAUAUUGUACGCCUUUUUUACCUUAGUCCCCUCACUGGCAAAUGUAUUGACUACUUCCUUGGACCCCUAAAGGAGGAAUGGUUGCGCUCACAUUUUGAAAGGUAUCAGGAUAAUAUAGAAAUUCCCCUUCCGGGACAAUUGAAAAUCUACAAUUGCAGACAGGUUAUCCCUCCAGGUUUAUUUUAUCAUGUAGGUUCUUUGAUUAACGGCAUUGGUUUAGGUUUCUGUGCUGACUUGUUGAUGGAUAUGUCUUUCCUGAGUCAUUGUGAAUUUCUUCAUUACUUAACUAUGCUGUGUUUUGGUCUAUCAGUUAUUUGGUUCAUUCAUUCAUUGUGCAAGGGAAGCCAUUUCAUAGAGGGAAUUGUCAGCCCAAUUAUAUCUAUUUGUGUAAUUGAAAAUAUGCUGUAUGGAUGGAGAUCAUCUUUUUCUAUGCUGCUAUAUGUAGCAAUUUUUGUAGGAUGUGCCUGCUGUGCAGUAAUUUCCAAUAGAAAUUUUGUAUCAAACUUUCUUACACAUAGCUACAAAGUUGUCUCUGUACAAAAGGUAACAUUAAAUUACCCAGAGUUAAAAAAAGCUCUCAAUGCGAAGUUUUCACAUCUAACAUUGGGCAUUCUUGACUUUGGAGGGGAUUAUAAUGAACACUUUGCAUACCAUCAUCUCUUCUACAGAAAUCAAACAAUGUAUGUUGUUGUCUUUAACUUGGCACAUAUUGCUGCUGACAAUUUCUAUGACAUAGAAACAAAAAUCCGAAGAAUUUGUUUCUGGUUGGAAUCCAUCCAUGGCAGAGUAGCACCAAAGACACCAAUCUUUCUUGUUGGUACACACAGAGGAAACAUGAGUAAAGCGUGCCUUGGUAAUUUGGAUAAACACCUGCAGCAGAGCCUUUGGCAAACCUAUGAUCUGGUGAUGAAUGAAGAAGAUAAGUUAAUGUAUUUUCCUGUUGAAAACAAGUAUGGAAUUCAUGAUAGAGGAAUUAAAAAUCUUCAAAGGACAAUGAUACACAUAGCAGAGGAAUACCAGAGUGUGUUGGGAUGCACAAUUCCAUUUUCUUGGAUUAAAAUUCAAGAUGCAAUCAUUAAUUCAUGGAAAAACCAUAAAGCAAAGUUCUGUGUAUCCCUAGAGCAUUUUCCAACUUCAUUUAGUGACUUUAUUUGCAGCAACUGGUCCAAGGAAACUUUUAAGUAUUUUCAUGAGAAAGGCCUUGUGAUUUACAUUGACAAAGGUGAGAAUUCAGUGAUCUCUAAGUGGGUUCUUCUGAAGCCAUCACUUCUAGUUGACAUCACAAUUCAGCUGAUCACUCCUAGGACAGAUGAUGAAUUAUUUUCACAACAUGGAUUCAGGCGUGAGUGGACAUUGCUACACAACAAAGGAAUGCUUACAAAUUCCCUUUUAAGGCACAUUCUCACUAGAAUCCAAGAAAAUGAAGUAGCAAUGACAGGCUUUCUGGAGAAAUAUGGCAUUAUUUGUCCUCUAUUUUACAGUCAUCACAUUACCAAUGAUAUGAAAGAGGCAAAAGUCACACAUUUUGUCCCUGCACUGCUUCCAGUUUCAGCGAAUGUGAACACACCAGUUUGGAAUGAUCAUCCCACGGAUAAGAGGUUCUACGUGUUCUUUGAGAAAUUCCUACCUGAGCUUCUUUUCCACUGUUUAUUAUCACGUGCUCACCAACUUAGCAUAGAAUCAUUUCGUAAGGGCCAGACUUUCAUUAGCAGAAACGUUGGCAGGUUUUGGUUGACACCCACUCAACCCUGCAGGCUUCUGCAUCUCAAGGAAGAGAAUAUGAUUGAAGUGAUGUUUAGCCACAGAUGUAAAGCAACAGAUAUGCAUCCUGCAGAUGUGUUGGUUCAGGUGUUUGGCAUGGUCCAAGGGAUCUGUCAGGGGCACUUCCCUUACACCAAGUUCCACUGUGGUCCUGCUUGUCCAUCAGAGAGGUGUCCUGGGUAUCAACAAGACUACAUAUCUCAUCCAGGUGUCCAAACAUCAAUCCCUAGACGACAUGUUAUUCACGUGUUACCAAGUGAAAACUCUUCAUUUUACUGUGCCUAUCAAAAUUUUGAAAGUGAUCUGAAGGAGUGGAGAGUGUUAGGUGGACUAAGAAAUGAACAUGCCUAACAGUUCAAUAGAGAGGAUCAAGAAGAGUGGAUACAAGUUCCUUAUUCCCUGGCAGCUUUGUACUCAUAUUUGUUAUAGUUUUUUACUUAGAUGAAGUGUAACAUAUGUAUUCAUAUCCUGUUGUGACUUUUUAAGGGGGUCAUAAUGUUUAGACCAAUGUUGCAUUACAUUGUACAAUAGGAAGAGUUUCAUCCUCUCUUAGUAUGACUUUGAACAUGAAAAUAAGAGUAGUUGGACUUUCAUUAACAGAAUCUUGCCCAGCCUUUGUGCACCCACUUAACUUAUCAUGUACAGCCCUGGUUAGGGAGGAUUUUAUAUGUUUAAUUAAAGGUGGUCAAUCAACUUCUGA